AUGAGUCUUAGGGGCAAGCUAGUGUUCGAGCAGGAGAUCUCAUCUCCUGGAAUACUUUUCUUCGAAAUUUAUGGCAGCAAGAAACAAUAUCUGCCAAGCAUCUGCCCUGACAAACUUCCUAGCAUCGAAUUACUUGAAGGAAACUGGGGAGAAGUAGGAUGCAAACUUUUGGUAAAUUACUUGAUUGAUGGCAAACUAAUUCCGGUAAAGGAGACCAUUGAAACUGUUGAUGAAGAUAACAGGUCAAUGACUUACAGAAUUCUUGAGGGUGAUCUUCUGAAGGAUUAUAAGAGCUUGCUAAUAACUUUCCAAGCAACUUCAAAAGGUGCAAAGAAUUUUCUUAAUUGGACAUACGAGUAUGAGAAGCAGAAUUUAGAUGUCCCUGCUCCUGAUCACAUGUUUGACUUUGCAAGUGAAGUUAGUAACAUAAUUGAUGCUUACUUCCUCAAGAACCAAGAUCAUUUUCAAGCUUCAUAA